CUCAAAAAUCGCGUUAUCUCCCACUUUCCCUCUUUCCGCUCCACCCCAUCACCACCAUGGACGACGGUUCUUCGCAGUUUGCCGACUCCCAGCCUUCCAACGAAUCCUUCUUGGUCGGUUACGUCAUCGCCAACAUAGUGGGUCUCCGUUACUACGACGGCAGAAUCACCGGCCGGGAAUUGGUGGGAUUGGUCCGGGAACCGACGAACCCUUACGACCAGAACGCCAUCAGAGUCCUGAACAUCAGGUCAAUUCAGGUGGGUCACAUCGAGAAGACGGUGGCAGCAGUUCUCGCGCCCUUGAUUGAUGCCGGUACCAUUGUUGUCGAAGGUAUCGUCGCCAGUCAGCAGAGUAAGUUCAACAAGUUCAAGAUUCCCUGUCAAAUUCACGUUUUCGCUAGUUUUGAGAAUAUCGGGUUGGUUAGGGCUUCGAUUGACAGUGGUGGGUUGAGUUUGUUGGGUGAUGCGUAUGAUAGUCGUAGCUCUGGGGCGGUGAUUGUGAAGGAUGAGAAAUCUAGGGUUAGGGAGCUGGACGAGAUAUUCAAGCUGGUGGAUGAGAAUGUGGGUGAGAAAGAGAAGAAGAUGGGCGUUCUUGAGCCCCCGAAAGAGGUGAUAAAGUCGGAGCUUUUGGAUCAUCAGAAGGAAGGGCUUUGGUGGUUGGUCAGUAGGGAGAAAUCUGAUGAACUCCCUCCAUUUUGGGAGGAAGAGAAAGGUGGGGAAUUUAUGAAUACUUUGACCAAUUUUCAUACGAAAACGAGACCGGAGCCUCUACGUGGAGGGAUUUUUGCGGAUGACAUGGGAUUGGGGAAGACUCUGACUCUGCUGUCUCUGGUGGCUUUGGAUAAAUCUGCUUCUAGUGCAUCUACUGAUGUAUCAUCCGUCUCAAGUGGUGCUAAGAGAAAGAGGGGUAGGCCGCCUAAGAAGAUUAGUACUACAAGGGGUGUUGAUAAUAAGUCUUCUUCUGGUGUUACAAAGACGACUUUGAUCGUUUGUCCUCUUGCCGUGCUUUCGAAUUGGGUGACACAACUCGAGGAUCACACUCAGCAGGGAUCAUUCGAGGUAUACAUUUAUCAUGGAGAAAGAACAAAAGACGCUGAAGAACUGAAGAAGCACGACAUUGUCUUGACUACCUACAGUACAUUAGCUAGUGAGGAAUCUCAGAGAGAUUCCCCUGUGAAGAAGAUUGAGUGGUGGAGAGUUAUCUUGGACGAAGCACAUGUGAUUAAGAAUGACAAAGCUCAGCAAAGCAAAGCCGUGUUUAAUUUGAUGGCUUUGCAUAGAUGGGCUGUUACUGGAACACCUGUCCAGAAUGGUCCUUCUGAUAUGUUUUCGUUGAUGGCUUUCCUGCGGUUUGAUCCGUUCUCCACUAAAAGCUACUGGAGAAGGCUAAUACAACGUCCUGUAGAUGCUGGGGAUAGGAAUGGGCUGUCACGACUGCAGGUGUUAGUGGCAACUACUUCAUUGCGGAGAACCAAAGAGAAGACUUUAGUUGGAUUGCCCCCUAAAGUUGUGGAGACUUGCUAUAUCGAACUCUCUGGGGAAGACCGCGAACUGUAUGAUGAUGUGGAACAAAAGGCUAAACUUGUUGUACAAGGCUUCAUUGAUGCAGGCAGCUUAACACACAACUAUUCAGCUGUGCUUUGUUUAAUCCUUCGGCUACGCCAGAUCUGCAAUGACUCAGCUUUGUGCCCCCCUGAUCUCCAGUCACUCCUUCCUUCUUACACCAUGGAAGAUGUCUCCACCAACCCAGAGUUGCUGAAGAAGAUCGCUGUGCUGCUGCAAGACGGUGAAGACUUCGAGUGCCCGAUAUGCAUCACCCCGCCAACUGAUACGGUGAUCACAUGUUGUGCUCACAUCUUCUGCCGUCUCUGCAUCACAAAAGUCAUGAAGUCAGGCACAAGCAAAUCCCGGUGCCCACUCUGCCGCCGCGAGCUCUCUCAGUCCGACCUGUUCUCCGCCCCUCCUGAAGCGCUCGGUACCACCGAACAAGAAGAAUCCACCUCAUCAACACCUCGUCGAUCCACCUCAUCCAAGGUCUCAACCCUCCUAGCCCUCCUCACAGCCUCCAGAAAUGAAGAUCCGACGACAAAGUCAGUAGUCUUCUCGCAGUUCCAGAAGAUGCUCCUGCUCCUCGAGGCCCCACUGAAGGAAGCCGGGUUCAAGACCUUGCGUCUGGACGGAUCAAUGACGGCCAGGAAGAGGGCUCAGGUGAUGAAGGAGUUUGCAGAUACUGAUGGCGGUGAUGAAACAAAGACGACGACAGUCCUGCUGGCAAGUCUCAAGGCGUCAGGAGCUGGGAUCAACCUGACAGCUGCAUCGAGGGUGUACUUGUUGGAGCCGUGGUGGAACCCUGCGGUGGAGGAACAGGCGAUGGAUCGAGUUCAUCGGAUCGGGCAGAGGAAGGAGGUUAAGGUAAUGAGGCUGAUUGCUCGGAAUAGCAUUGAAGAGAGGGUGCUGGAGAUGCAGGAGAGGAAGCAGAAGGUGGCUAAAGAGGCGUUUGGUAGAGGGAAGUCGAAGAAGGAAGUUAGUACCGAUGAUAUUCAGCGGCUUAUGUCGUUGUGAUCUAUUGUGACUUGUGCAGACAGAAUGCAGGGUUAAUUGGUAGACUAGUAGUAGUAGCAGAAGCAGGAUUGCUGGAUUUUAUAUACAUAGAUGUCUUUCUUCUGCUUGGCCUUCUGUUUAGGAAGAAGUAGCUUAUGCUUGUUUUUGUGAGGCUACUUGGAUUGAAUUUGGGAGUUCUGUCCUUGAGAGCCUCCCUCUUCUUCUCAGAGAGUGAUGUUACAAGCACAAUUCUUGCUAAUGAAACACCGCAUUUUGACAUCACAUGAA